GAGGAAGUGAACAAAAGGAGGAAGGAGGAGGACAAAAAGGUUGAGCAUUCGUGAGUGAGUCGGAGAUUUCCUUGAAAUACCCACUGACAAGCAUCCUGCAGCCGACAGCAGCAGCAUGGCUGAGGGCUCAGUGUCGACAGCAGAAGUGGAGACGUCCUUCCAAAAGUUUGCCGUUCAUGGUGACACAAAGGCGACAGGGAAGGAGAUGAACGGCAAGAACUUUGCGAAGAUCUGCAAAGACUGUCUGAUCAUCGAUGGCAAGAAUGUAACCACCACAGAUGUUGACAUCGUCUUCACCAAAGUCAAGUCCAAGUCAGCUCGUGUAAUCACAUUUGAGCAGUUCAUCAUUGCCUUGACUGAGCUCGGCCCUAAGCGCUUCAAAGGCAAGAGCAAAGAGGAGGCACUUCAGCUCCUCUAUUCUCUCAUUGUUGGCAAGGAGCCUGCCAAUGCUGGCAUCACUAGACCGGCAAAGGCAGCUGCUGUGGACAGACUGACAGACACGUCCAAGUACACAGGAACACACAAGGAGCGAUUUGAUGAUUCGGGAAAAGGGAAGGGAAAAGUCGGACGUGAGGACAUCCCAGACACUAGUGGCUACGUCGCAGCAUAUAAGGGCAGCGGGUCUUAUGAUGACAAAGUGAAGGAAUCCUAAUUUUCAAAACACAUAAUAUUACAGUAAUGGGGUUUUGGUCUUUCAAUAUUUUCAGACAAAUUUAUACUGCAAGCAAAGAAACUGAAUCCAUAUUUAACUUUGUGCCUUAUUAUACACGUAUAGUAGAUAAGAGUAAUGGUCUUAUUGCAUGUAUACAGUACAUUGCUUUUUUUUUAAUGGAUAAUCAUUUAUCUGGUGUCAAGCAAAUGUUAACUUUGUUAAUGCGCGUUGUAUUGUUAUUCAUUCUAUUGGCGCCAUAAAAAAAAUUAAAUAUCGAUAACAGGAACUCAUAAUGGGGUUGAAACAGGUUUUCUGGAUUUAGCAAGUGGAUAAUGUGAGUUUGUAUCACUCCUCCCUUGAUCCUCUUGUCACCUGAAACUGAAAGAAUUGGAAAAGAUCAAAAAACAAAGUUUACCGUAAAGUGCUCAUAUUUGUGCUUCCCUGGUUCUCAAUUUAGCCUUGUAUAUCCUAAUAAAUAUCAACUUAUUUGUGUACGUUAGCAACUUGAGGUGACUGACAUAAGACAAAAGCCAAUUUUCUUUUAUACUGUCAUGCUUAAUCUAUGACUCAGUUGAACUCUCUCUGUGGUGUUUA